UCUGUCACUCGAACGUCAGUCAUCUGGUCAUUUGUAUACAAUUAAACAGCAACAACAAUAAACCGCACCGCAUCUGCUCAGCAAUAAGUGAAAAUUUGUUGUAAAAUCGGCCAAAUUUAGUACAACCAUGGUUGAAUCAACAAUGGAAGAUUAUAAAGGAGACGACGGACCGCAGAAUGUGCUAGAUGCAUUCCAGGAGAAUGAUAAACUGCGCGUGUUAAAGUUGAUCGACGGGCUACAUGACAAGUCCGUCACGGAAGACGAUUUCGAACAUGCUUAUGAAGAGUAUUCUGGAAUAUUUUCCAAGUACCAGGAGCAGCCUCACUUGUUGGAUCAAAGUCUGGAGGAGAUAGUCAACCAAAUCAUUCCCUACCUGCAGGAGUCGGAUGUGGAGCUUACCAUCAAACAUCGCGCUUCGAAAUAUCUCUACCAGCUAUGUAAAGUUCGCACAUUUAAAGCAUUCGUGAAAAAUCUUCCCCAUGAAGUGCGUCACUUGCCCUUCGUGUUGAGUCUGGUCGAACAACAAAAUCUAGACGAUUGGCAAAACUGGGAAACGCGUUACAUGGGACUGCUCUGGCUAUCCCUACUAGUACUGAAUCCUUUUGAUUUGAGCCGGCUAGAUGCGCUCGAUGCUGGAUGCGCUACGACGAUGGAACGAAUCUACGAACUGUGUAAAGCAAACUGCCUAAAAGAUGAUAGCUGCUCACCGGUGGUCGCAUUUCUCGUGGCACGAUUCGUCAUAAGAAAUGAUGUAAAAAUGGUGUAUCUGGAAAAAAUGUUCGACUGGGCAAUGACCGUCAAUGUCGACUAUCGGGUCGAUGUAAAACUUGGUCCUCUUUCAGCAAUUGCUUGCAUCCUGAAACAUGGAAAGCGAGAAGACCUGCUUCCCUACGUAAAACGGCUGAGCAAUUGGGUGUUGCAAUUGGAUUACGAUACGAUAUCCAAGGACUUUAAAGUUUACAAAACGUGCAUCAAAAUCUGUCAACGUAUCGGACUCGUCCUACUGCCGCCUAAAAUUGCUAAAUGGCGAUACCAGCGGGGCGCACGAUCGCUACUAGCUAACGUGCAGAAAACGGUAACGCUCGCCUCGCUAAAGGAGGUGCAGCAAACAGAAUCGCUUCCAGAAUGUUCGGAAGAAGAGGAAGAUGUAGAUGACGAGGAGGUGCCGGCCGAUAUCGAGGAAAUCAUUGAACGAUUGCUGCACGGACUGAAAGGCAACUCGACAAUCGUUCGCUGGUCAUCGGCAAAGGGUAUCGGGAGAAUCACGAACCGAUUGCCCAAGCUGCUGGGCGAUGAAGUAGUUUCUUCAGUGAUUGAACUGCUUAACCCACUGGAACAGGACGAUGCGUGGCACGGUGCCUGUUUGGCAUUGGCCGAGCUAGCCAAACGGGGUCUACUGUUGCCCUCUCGCUUGUCGGAAAUUGUUCCAUUGCUGUUGCAGGCGCUAGUGUACGAUGAAAUUCAAGGAUACCGCAAUGUGGGACAAAACAUACGGGAUGCGGCAUGUUAUAUGAGCUGGGCAUUCGCCAGGGCGUACCACCCGUCAGUUCUGCAGCCGUUUGUAGAACGUAUUGCUUCGGCACUUUUAGUGACGGCCGUUUUCGAUCGUGAAAUCAAUUGUAGACGUGCCGCAUCUGCUGCCUUCCAAGAGAGCGUAGGACGGUUGGGCAAUUUCCCGCACGGCAUCGACAUUCUUACCACAGCAGAUUUUUUCUCCGUCGCGGUACGAAGUAAUGCAUUUCUGAACAUAAGCGAAUAUAUCGCAAAAUUUGAUGAAUAUAAGUAUAAUUUAAUCGAUCAUCUCAUAUCUCGCAAAAUCAAUCAUUGGGAUACGAAUAUACGCGAGCUAUCUGCGCAGGCAUUAAAUAAUCUCACCAAACACGCCCCGCAAUACAUGCAAAACACGGUGUUGCCGCAAUUAUUUCAGCUCGCAGAGUCUACCGAACUCAACACACGCCACGGUGCCGUACUGGCGAUUGGGGAAGUAAUUAACGCUCUGCAAAAGCUCACCAUAGCAACGCACACCGACGGGGAACAAGGAUGUUUCGUAAACGAUACAAUUAUCGAAUUGGCAGGCCAAUUGAUUGGAAAGUAUAGGCAGCGUGGACAAUUCAAGGGGAUGAGCGGAACCUACAUGAAACACGGUUGUGCCAGUUUCAUACGAAACUGUAGCGAAGCUAAGCUACCGAUCACCCAGAGAGAAUAUUUAGAAUCCUGGCAACUGUUGCUGGAUGAAAGCAUUAUCGACGAAAAGUCGACGACGCGCGAACAGGCUACGGUGGCAUUUUCGAGAUUUUGUGACGCUUACUACAAGGCGGAACCCGCUGAUCGUUUGGGAAGUCUGAUCGAUAAUUACAUCAGAGAGAUGGGCGACACGCAAAUUGAACACAAAGCACAAGGCAUUGUAUCCGCACUUGGUGCAUUGCCACUGUUUAUGCUGGAGCUGCGCUUGCACGAUAUCGUAAUGGUGAUUGAUACGAAAACCGUGGUCCCAGAAAUGUUUGCGGUAGGCUACAAUCACUCCGAGCUGCGCAGGGACUGCAUUCGCGCUUUGAUGAACAUCGUUCAGACUGUUGGAUUCGCACAUUCGGCCCAAUUCAACGACAUACUUUGCGGACCUGUCUACGGUUGCUAUCUACGAGCCCUGGAAGAGUAUGCACUAGACAACAGAGGCGAUAUUGGUUCGUGGGUUCGGGAGGCUAGCCUUAACGCUCUCUAUGCAUUUCUGACCAAGUGUCCCUCCUCGCUGCUCACUCCACAGCACGUGCAGGAUGCAAUGAUUGCCAUAGCGAAGCAAUCGGUUGAACGAAUCGAUAAAAUCCGUGCCGUCGCUGGUAAAACGUUCACCUCGCUCAUAUACCACGAGCCAGAAAUUCCACACAUGACCCAUAGGCAGGAACUGCAGAGAAUCUUUCCACGCGACACGACGGAGGUACUGUGGCUAUUUCCGCAUCACACAUUCCCAAUGUUCAUUGAACUGCUAGGCAUAAACCCUUAUGUGGAGCAGGUGUCCGCCGGAUUGAUACUGAGUGUCGGUGCACCGACCGAAUCGCUGCAUACGUGUGCGUCCAAAAUUUUGAACGACUAUUUAAAAACGCAUCAAAGUUUUAUAGAAACCUUCGGCACGGUGGUUCUAAAAAUUUUAAAAGAAAAAACAGUGAAAGACACCCUAUUCAUUACGUCCACAUUUCAAUUCCUGGCCGAACUGUUAAACUCUUCCGCCAACGCCAAGGUGUUGCUGGUGUCGGAAGAAAGCGCGCUCGGUUUUGCUGAACCAAUAUUCAACCUGGUGAACGAUUUGAUAACGCACACCAAAAAGCAUAUCGAUUCCAUUCCCGUUUAUUGUGCCCUAAUGCUGGCGCCAAAAAUCUGCAAGCGAGUAUUAAGUAAACUAGUCGUGUACCUCGGAAUGGUGUGCGUUAAUAUCCGCCGUGAGACAGCUCUAAAAAUGUACGAAACUCUGCUCGUUUACGGAGACCAAACAACCAUACCGGAGGAAAAUCUCGACGAGGUGUUGGUCUGCUUAAGCGAGGAAAAGUGGGACGGUGAACUCGAGGAAGCUCGCCAAAUACGCAACAAGCUUUGUUCGCUGAUGGCUAUUAAACCACCAGUUACAAAAGCGAAGAAGUAAUCGACUUACGUUUCAAUACGAUACCGCUAAGCUCCUUUUUGUCAUGCAACAUGCAAAUGAGAUUGAAAUGCCUUACUAACUAAUAUACUGCUUCUGUGGAAUGUCGCACAUUCGAACUAACUCGAAAUACACUUAUUCACCAAUCUAACCACUGGUAAAACAAUACUUAAUGUAUUCAUUUAUUGACUGUGUCCAACCCUCAUAUAGAAUUUCUUUACAAAAACCACCGAUCAUCAAUACAAUACAACUGUUCCGGGUGUAUUUUUGUGGAUAUUCUUAAAGUGUGACAUUUCGUUCAACCGUAUCAAUGGGAACAAUUGUGCUCAUUUGUUUUAAUUUAUGCGAUAGGAAGGGAGAUGACUAAAAUGCGCUAACCUUAGAUAGUUACGCAAGCUUUAGAAUUGAUCCGGUAAAAAUUAGUCCAGGACCAGGUCCCGUUUAAAUGUAAGGACAAGGCAGUCUGUAUGGACUCGCAGCACAAAACAUACCACAGAACGCUAUCAAAAAUAUGUUCUCAAAAUAAAUGUACUUACU